UUUUUUUUUUUUUUUUUUCGCUCGUUCCUUCCUCUAUAGUUCAUAUUAUUCUCUCUCCUCUCUCGCUCCGGUGAUCUUCUUCAGAUCUCCGGCAAUGGCAAGAGGCGGAGGCGGGAGGGGUCGGCCGGAGUAGCUCGCUCUUGGAGCCGUAGACGAGAUCUGGAGAAUGGGAGAGGGGGAUCGGCGGAGGAGAAGGAGAUCCGUACUCUGUUAGCACCACCGCUAGGGUUUCGACCACAGCAUCUGUCUCGUUUGGCCCCUUCUGUAUUCUUUUGAUCGGUCCCGGAUUCGUGGAAGAUGGAGUCGGGUGCGAGGGCCAGGGUUUUAGGGCUUUCGUGGAGAUCGGUGGUGUUGAUGGCGGCGGCGGUGGUGAUGGUGGUGUUUCCGGCGGCGUUGGCGGCGGAGGAGGGGCAGAGGAAGCACGCGUACGCGGCGAUGAUGUACAUGGGGACGCCGAGGGACUACGAGUUCUACGUGGCGACGCGGGUGAUGAUGAGAUCCCUCGCAAAGCUCGGCGUCGACGCCGACCUCGUCGUCAUCGCCUCCCUCGACGUCCCGAUCCGAUGGGUCCAAACCUUGAAAGAGGAGGAUGGGGUGAAGGUUGUUUCUGUGGAGAACUUGAAGAAUCCAUACGAGAAACAGGGCAAUUUCAACUCGCGGUUCAAGCUGACACUGAACAAGCUGUAUGCUUGGAGCUUGGUCGAAUAUGAUCGAGUUGUUAUGCUCGACUCUGAUAACCUUUUCAUCCAAAAAACUGAUGAGCUCUUCCAGUGUGGUCAAUUCUGUGCUGUUUUCAUCAACCCCUGCAUCUUCCACACUGGCCUCUUUGUCCUUCAGCCUUCAAUGGAUGCGUUUAAGAACAUGCUUCAUGAGCUAGAGAUUGAGCGUGAGAACCCAGAUGGUGCUGAUCAAGGUUUCCUAGCUAGUUACUUCCCAGAUUUGCUUGAUCAACCAAUGUUUCAUCCACCUGCCAAUGGUACCAAACUUGAUGGAAUUUAUCGUCUUCCUCUAGGGUAUCAGAUGGAUGCUUCUUACUACUAUCUAAAGCUUCGUUGGAAUAUUCCUUGUGGACCAAACAGUGUAAUCACAUUCCCUAGCGCACCAUGGCUCAAACCAUGGUAUUGGUGGUCUUGGCCUGUCUUACCUUUGGGGCUCUCAUGGCAUGAGCAACGCCGAAGGAAUCUUGGGUAUGGAUCAGAGCUACCGGUAAUCCUAAUCCAGGCUGUUCUAUACAUUGGGGUCAUGGCCGUCACCCGUCUAGCCCGCCCCAGCCUGUCGAAGCUAUGCUACAACCGCCGCCCUGAGAAGACCACUGCUUUCCUCCUCACCAUCCUCAAGCUGGCCGCUAUGUGGUCCAUGCUAGCCGCCUACACCGUCCCCUUCUUCCUCAUCCCCUGCACCGUCCACCCGCUCUUCGGCUGGUCCCUUUAUUUACUCGGCUCGUUUGCCCUCUCUUCCAUAGUGAUCAACGUUUUCCUCCUCCCGCCUUUCGCAGUCCUGACUACUUGGCUCGGACUUUUGGGGGCGCUCUUGGUGAUGGCUUUUCCUUGGUAUUCAGAUGGUGUCAUGCGGGCAUUGACAUUGUUUGCGUAUGCGUUUUGCUGCGCGCCGGUUGCUUGGGCUUCAUUGGUGAAGGUGAUGGGCUCGUUGCAAAUAUUGAUCGAAAGAGAGGUGUUCUUUCCGAGACUGGGAGAGCCCGCUCAGACAGCUGAGUUCAGCAAGCUGUAUUAAGUCGUGAAUCAGAUGACGGUCAUGGAAAAACACUGAUUGGACUGGCUAAUCUCAUUCAUUCUGACAAUUUUGGCUGUUCGGUUCGAUCCGCCUGGUUUGGUAUGUACGUACUAUUACGAGUUAUACUUUGUGUUCUGGCGCCGUAUACAAAGAGGCGAACUGAAUGGCAAAUAUUCAUGAUAGGUGAUAUUUCUGGGGAGCAAGAGUGGAGGAUUCCAGUGAGGGUGGGGAUUAAAUUAUGGAUUUGUUCUGUUGGGGGGAAGUUAGAUGUUUGUUAUAAAUUCAUUUUAAUUUUAAUGCCUCUUCCCUUUAAUGUGAAGUUUCUGAUCAAGUAGUGUUGCUCAAUUCAA